UCUCUCUCUCUCUCUCUCAUCCGGGUUGCAGCUCUGCAACAGAUGGUUCUGAGGGCAAGGGUUUGAGUUUGGGUUUGUGGUGGUGAUGCUGUUGGCAUUGAAGAAGAGGCAACGGGUAGAUCUGUCCAUUCGGCAGAUGGAUGUCCGAUUGGAGCAGAUGGUCCAGGGGCGGAGCAGGGCUGCUCACAGUGAUGGUGAUGAGGGAUUGCGGUCUUGAGCCGCCGCCAGGUGAUUGGUUAGGCGGGCCACUAGAAAUAGCCUAGAUCAGAUCAGAGAAGAUGCUCUGAUAUGAUGCGAAAAGAAAAAAUGGUGAGGAGAAAUUCCGAAUUAUCUUAUAAUACUACUUAGAGAGUAGAUGCUAGAGAAUCAGAGAGUCCUAAUUACUCCUGAUUACAACAAUUCUUCAACAUGCUUCUCCCAAAUGUCAACGUUGUCACAAAACCUAUUAUCAGCGUGCUUGUACUACAUCCCUAGCACAUUGGAGGCUGCAGUUGUCAACCUGAAUCCAGUCUUUACUUUCAUAUUAUCUAUCAUCUCAAUGCAAGAGAAUCUUGGAAUCAACACCUGGUGGGGUAAAGGGAAGAUCUUUGGGACUCUUUUAUCUGUCUCUGGUGCUUCAACUCUCAUGUUCUGGAAAGAUUCAACUGAGAGUCUGCUCGGCACAGCCAGCUUGACAGAAUGGGUGUUUGGCUUGGUUAUGGUGGUUCUUGGGGUUCUUGCACUUAGCACAUGGAUUUUGUUGCUGAGGCCCAUGACAAAGCGAUACCCCGCAGAGUGUUCCCUUACUGCCAUAAUGUUUUUCUUUGGAACGUUACAAACAGCUGUCAUAGCCAUAUGUACAAGUCACGAAGCCACAAAAUGGAAGCUUCACUGGGAUUUAGAGCUCCUAAAUAUAGUUUGUGGAGCCGUGUUCUACUGUGGAUUAUCGAACCUCUUCACUACAUGGUGUGCUGGAGUAAAGGGACCCAUCUUUGUGGCCUCAUUUGCUCCUUUUGGCUUGGUUUUGACUACAAUACUGGAAAUUAUAUUUCUAGGCGACACCUUGUACUUGGGAAGCAUCGUUGGAUCAAUCAUGGUAGUUUUGGGCCUUUACAUUUUUCUAUGGUCCAAAUCCAAGGAGGACAGUUGCGACAUAAUGGACACAAUGGACCCAUUGGACAAAGACGAUUCCACCACAGCUUUGCUAGUAUAAACCAUAGCUCAGGACUCACAUUUUGGUUGUGUACUUAAAGCUGGAAUUCCAACCCGUCCUCUCAUGUAUCUAGAAAUUAGGUUGCUUAUUUUGGAGGAAGAAUGGUGUUGACAACAGGAGGAAAUCCUUUAUUCCUUGUGUAACCAGUGUAACUAUUAAAAUUAUUUUAAAAUUAUUGAUUAAUUCUUUCUCUUAAGGUUGUGUUUAGAAAAGCAUGGAAAAUGGAUUACAUAUUGAGGAAUUCAAAAGAGUUGCAUUUUGUUUUA